GCGCGAGCCGGCGGGGGGGUUGUUGCGGGCGCGGGCCGCGGGUGCCGGCGCAGGAGGGAUCGGACGAGGAGGGCGCGGGACAUUUGGUGUGGGUUGGAUGGGUUUUUUUUGCUUUUGUUUCUUGUUGGUGGUAGCGCCUGUCUGGAUGAUUGUGGUAGUUGUAGAUGUGGGAGCUGGUGUUGACGGUGUUGAGUCAAGAUUUGUCGAUGAUAUCACGGACAGACGCAAUAUAUUUUUCCCAGAGUGGUGUCAGCGGUGUGGAUCCGCCCCGGUGGGGCAAGGGACCGGGGAACCCCUAGGAAAGAAAGCUGCCGAGGAAAGAGCUGCCCCGGAUCGACCCGCCAUAGUGGAUCUCUGCUGGGGCGCCAACUGCGCUUCAGGGCGACACUCAAGAAACGUCAGGUCUCGUAGGUCUCGUCCGUCUCGUCCCAUGGCCGCGUUUGCAAUUAUGAGUUGCACCUCGCAAUCUCAUCUGUGUCGGUAGUCAGGACCGAUAUUCCGUCUGACUUGUCGCCCGCCUUCGCAGAGGCAGGCGUGCAUCUCGUCAGGGCCCAUGAUAUGACGACUGUUUCUCUGAUGGGCCCGUUUCGGGCAGGAGCAGCCAGUGCUCUCCGGUUCUCGCAGGAGGAUCC